UCCUGCUACUUGUUCCUCCAACAGGUAAACAGCUCAACAACACCAUGGCUACCAGGGACCUAAAAGGCACACCACUCUCUUACGCCCAGAAGUUGUAUCUCGUGAGACAAAUUAGAGAUCACCCUGUGGUACACACGAAACCUUCAAACUACACUAGUAUACUGGAGAGAAAAGCUGCGUGGGAGACAAUAACUAAGAACUUCAAUGUAUGUUUCUCCACGGCGGAGCCCAAGAAUACUCAUCAGCUGAAGAAGACGGAGUACUUAAAGAAUAAAGUGAAGAAGGAUCACAGCAGGUACAUCCGGGAAACCCAUCAGACUGGUGGUGGGCCAUCACCAGCCCCACCAAAACCAGCUGAUGAGGUAACGCUGAUUGUACAGCUGAUCCUUAAUAAUAGGCUGCCAGUACCUGAUGACAUCUUUGAUAGUGAAUUUGUAGAAGCACGCAUACUGGCCCGACUCAAUUCCACAGCACUGGAAUGUGCUGACACACCUGAAGCUGCAGGACAGCAGCCAGCACAAGAUCUGGUCUUGGACAACCCUGGCAGUCCACUUAUCAUCAGGAGUGAAGACUGUGAACUUAUAGAUGCGGAAGAUGAUGUGGACCUCCCAGGUGCUAGAACCUCCGCUCAUCCUGUACUAAAAAAAGGCACCUGCUCUGCUCGCAGCAGUAGUGCCACAGCUGCCACCCAAAACCAGUCCUUCACAGGACGAAAGAGGAAGGCAGCAGAAAGCAAAUCUGAGGUGUACAUUUCUCUGUAUAUGUCAUCUUCCACUUAGAAAUUAUACACACAAAUAUACAUUGAAAGAACAGAGAUGGAAAGUUUAUCAAUAAAAGAUCAUAAACUAUUGUGAAAUAGCACAAACUGGUAG